AUGUUGAUAAUGCGACGUCCGACGCAUCCAUAUCCCGCCAUUGAUGGAAUGGCAAACACUAACAACAUUCCAAAUGAAACGAUCAACUACCAACGCUCUAUUUUAGCUAUGCUACUACUUCUUAGUCUCUUUCCAUUCAAGGGCGCCAUACCGGGCACCUUCUUCUGGAGACCCCGAAUGGGCAUAGAUUUGGCCAUGCCUACUACAGAGGCCCCGCGAAAAGCUUUUGCACCUAAUAAGCAAAAUAUCCAGGCUGGGUUAGUCGUGUUGAUAGACGGUUACGACAUCAUGACGUCCAUACUCGGACUGCUGAGGGGCUCCGAGUUCGCGGCCGACGACGACGCGAUGGACCCCGCCUCAAGCAUCUACUACACUGGCAUCUACAGAUGGACUUUGAGAACUAUGGAAUUAUUACCACAUUGGUUGAGAGGCAAUUUCCAAGAAGCGCUUGGAGUGUGGAAUGGCCGUUUUAAAUAUAUGGAAGCUGAGGUGCCUGAGUGGAUGAAAAAAGUAUUGCCAUGGGUGCCUAAGAAAUCUUGGGACACAAACCAUGAAGAUAUGAUCAAAUUCAGAAAGCUUGCUGAAACAGCGUUUACACAAUUCUACAGAUAUCCAUCAAAAACAUACACUGGCUUCAAUUCCUUCUUGCCGGACUCGGAUAAUUCUUUAUCAUAA